AAUAGUUUGGUCAAACAAAAAAACAAAUUUGGCCAUUUAUUUUCUCAAGAAAUUCAUUGUUUCUCAAGUAACCCAUUUUUUUUUCUCAAGAAUUCAUGGUCAAACAAAGAAGCUUUACUUUUCUUGCUGGAUGAUUGUUCUCUGUGCUUCUGAGCAUAGCCCUUGAGAGAUUCAAAGAACAAAUUAAAUUUUAAAAAAACUACUUUUUUCCACCAAGCAGACCCCCGGAAUGAUUCAACUGUUUGAUGGAAUGCGAACCAGAAACAGUUUCCUGGGCUAUUCAAGCUCUUUGUCCUUAUAACAACAAUUUCACUUCUCUUUCGUUUGUCAUAAUCAAUUAUGAACUAGUCUCGUGUGGAUCUUUAACUUCUACGGCACAAGUAGCAUCUCAUUUUCCAUUCAAAGGCUUGACUUUUCAGGUUCUCCGAAGUUUGGUGGCCACGUAAGUUCUUGCCAGUCUCCAUCGGCAUACAGCAUAUAUGACUUUUCUAGCAUUUUCCUGAGACUAUCCAGAAACUUGUGUUCAUUCCUCGUGACUUCGGUGCUUUAUACGACGAAUUAUCUGGGUGAAUGUUAAGAUUCGACGUGCCAGAAGUAGAAAAUGGAGAGGGGUGGGGUCCACAUUUUUAUUUCCAGUUCUCAUUCAUAUUACUGUCAAUGCUUGGCCUUCACAAGAUUGUCGAAGCAGAUUAUCUUACAUAUUCUUGUCAGAAUGAGUAUGGAAAUCACUCGACCAACAGUACUUUCGAAUCAAACCUGAAGCUCCUUCUUGAUUCCCUGCCGUACAACACCGCAACAAUGGGAUUCAACAAUACUACCGUCGGAGAAGGCCCUAACCGAGUUUAUGGGCAAGCUCUUUGCAGAGGAGAUGCCACUUCCACAGCGUGUGAGAGUUGUGUCAGCAAUGCAAGCCAAGAGAUCAUGAAGCUGUGCAAUGCUAAAGAUGCAAUAAUUUCGUAUGAAUUAUGCCAAGUGCGCUAUUCCUUCCAAGAUUUCUUUUCAAACAUGGUUUAUACUGGUAAAUACCCGGAUUCAAAUAGUCAGGAGAAACUUGCAUCAGACCCAGCCCGUUUCUAUAAGUACUUGAUGUAUCUAAUGAACAAUAUAUCCAAUGAGGCUGCGUAUGUUAAAUCUACUCAAAUGUUCGUGAUGGGGCAAAUAAAUUACUCUGUGAGCCAGACAAUAUACGGGCUAGUGCAGUGUACUAGGGAUAUGUCGGACAUGGACUGUAACAGUUGCUUGAACUCUGCCUUGGGGGAUCUAAAAGCAUGCUGCUAUACAAGGGAAGGUGGAACGGUUGUUAGCAGAACUUGCAAUGUGAGGUACGAGCUGUACCGCUUUUUCAAUGGCUCGACAACUUCUAUGUUAUCUUACCCAGCCUCCACAGGGGAUAAAUGGAAGAAAGGGAUGAUUGGCCUAGUAGUUGGUAUCUUGGGACUCCUAUUAGCUGUUCUUGCCGGAUCUUGCGCCGUCUACUUCAACCGGAAGAAAGCAAAACAAGACCUGGAAAGAAGCCCGCGUGCUUUGCUCCAUGAUUUAAUAAAUCCAGUCGGAGUGGAAAUUACUGAAGAUGGCAACCUGGUUAGCUCUGAAGAACUUCCUUUCAUGGAUCUAGCCACACUAAAGGCUUCUACAGAUGACUUCUCAAGUUCAAACAAGCUCGGGCAAGGGGGGUUCGGUACUGUCUACAAGGGUGUGCUUUCUGAUGGAAAAGAAGUAGCAGUUAAAAGGUUGUCGAGGAAGUCUUGGCAAGGUCUCGAGGAGUUCAAGAAUGAGGUGAUCUUGAUUGCAAAACUCCAGCACAGAAAUCUAGUAAGGCUUCUAGGAUGCGGCAUAGAGGGAGAUGAGAAGCUGCUUGUAUACGAGUUCAUGCCUAACAAAAGCCUCGAUAUCUACAUCUUCGAUUCAGACAAACGUGCGCAGCUUGAUUGGUGCACAUGCAUUUCUAUUAUUAAUGGAAUUGCUAGAGGACUAGUUUACCUGCACGAGGACUCGAGACUUAGGAUUAUUCACAGGGAUCUUAAGCCUAGCAAUGUUCUGCUGGAUCAUGAAAUGGUUGCUAAGAUAUCAGAUUUUGGGAUGGCCAGAAUAUUUUGCGAAAACCAAAGUUCAGCUAAUACAAGAAGAGUCGUAGGAACAUACGGUUAUAUGGCCCCAGAGUAUGCAAUGGGGGGACUAUUCUCUGUGAAGUCAGAUGUGUUCAGCUUUGGCGUCAUUUUGCUUGAGAUCAUCUGUGGAAAACGAAAUAGCGGAUUUUAUCUUACAGAACAUGCUCAGACACUUCUAGCAUAUGCAUGGACACUAUGGACUGAAGGAAGAGAGUUGGAACUCGUGGAUCCUUCUCUAGCAGAAUCAGGCUCAAUAGCUGAAAUAGCCAGGUGUAUUCACAUCGGCCUCUUGUGUGUCCAGGAAGAUCCUGGAGAUAGACCGACAAUGUCGGAAGUAGUGACGCUUUUGGGAGGUCAAACAGGAACUCUUCCGGAACCAAAAAAGCCUGCUUUUUCGGUUGGUAGAGUCGUUCAAGAACUCGAUCAAUCAUCGGCAACAAAUAUUUCUGUCAAUCAGAAGACUGUUUCUAGUAUCUCGCCCAGGUGAACCAUCACGUAUAUUAGUUGAGUAAGGUUUCAUUUGCCCACGGUUGUAAAAUUCUACGCUGAUUAGAGGAACUCAUCAUGUUUUGGAAGAAUUAUUCUGCUCAUGAAAAUUGCUGUAUAUACAAUCGAUGUUAUUGCACAUGGAGAACGCCGAUUUGUUGAGUGUAAAAAAAUUGCACAAAUUGUGGAGACCCAUGUAACUAUAGGUGGAUCAAUGCAAAUUCUGUAAACCAGAAGCUCCAUCUAUUUUCUUGAA